UUACGAGUUACGACUUGCGAGUCGUAGGGAACCGCACCAAUCUCGCGUCAUCUCACGUAUACGUAUACUCACAUAUACGGCGGUAUAGCGUGCGUCGUGUGUGUACACACGGCGAAAACUCCUUUUAAUUCGUUUUAUUACGACAAUCGAUCCCGGCCUUUGACGACUCUCAUACGAAUUACGAACGAAAAUUCAUAGGGCGCCUCUUUCCUUCUUUCCUCUUUUUUCGACAAACCUAACCUGGCAUUCCACAGUGAUCAUCGCAGUGAACGUUCGCGAAAGUUCUGCACGAUUGCACGAGCGCGCGCACGACAAUCCGUGAAUCCGUUUCUAACCUCCUCGUUGGAGCGAGCGAGAGAAGGAAAGAAACGUCCUCUGAACUUUUGUUUCACAAUUCACGAUGUCUGCGAUUGGACUUCCUCUUACUAUCGAGUUCGGAGGUGGAGCAGAGUUGCUGUUUGAUGGAAAGAAGCGGCACGAGGUGGACUUACCCGGUGAGGAAUGGACGCUGAAACGACUGCUAAGCUGGCUGCGGGAUAACCUCUUGACUGAACGAUCCGAGCUCUUCAUGCAGGGCGACACGGUGAGACCGGGCAUCUUAGUUCUGGUUAACGAUGCCGACUGGGAAUUACUGGGUGAAGGCGAUUAUAAACUAUGCCCGCGGGACAAAGUGCUCUUCAUCUCGACGCUGCACGGAGGAUAGAAGUUGAUUCGCGCCCCGAGCG